AUGGAUGACGACAUCGGACGAAAAGCAUCCACCCCAAGAAAGGAAACCAAGUCAAUGCGAACAAGAGAAGGAAUAACACACGAAAACGUUGCUGGUUAUUCCCCACCGCGGCUCCGCCCACCAAUCGUCAUCGUCGUCCUCCUCAUCCAACAGAACGUCGGCGACCACAGCACGCGACUCCUCCUGUCUGAGCGCCGGUUUAAUUUGUUCUUGCGGACCAUGGACGACGGGGACAUAGAUUUCACCAAUCCGGAGACGUAUCUUUGCCCGGCCAUGGGCACCGAUCCCCACGACAGCUGCUCCAUCUCCAUGGACAGCUACUUCGACGACUUUCUGAAAGACACGGAGACGGAGCAUCUCGCAUGUACUCACACCCACGCCUGCUGCAACCCACAUGUACGCCAUGACCUUGCCCACCACACCCAGACCUGCAUCCAUGUCCACACCAAGAUCCUCCGGGAGGAGUCGGAUGAUGUCGCUGAGACCUCGGAGUCGCCGCAAGAGACCGACGGCCCAAAGAAGAAGCGCCCGCCGGGUAACCGGGCAGCUGUGAGGAAGUACCGUGAGAAGAAGAAGGCCCACACGACGCUGCUGGAGGAAGAGGUUGCUCGCCUCAAGGCUCUAAACAAGCAGCUCCUGAGGAGGCUUCAGAGUCACUCGGCGCUCGAGGCUGAGGCGUCCAGGCUCCGCUGCCUGCUUGUCGACAUUAGAGGGAGGAUCGAAGGAGAGCUUGGUGCUUUCCCUUACCAGCGGCCUGUGAAGAACAACGAUUCGGCUGACCAGGGAAGUUUCCUUGGUGGUGGUACCCAGCAGGUUAGGCUCACAUGCAACGAGCCGCUCUACCGCAGUCCAGAGAUGCAGGCCACGACAAUAGAUGACGAUUGUGGUACGAGCGGCGAGCUGUUGGGUCAAGCUGCCCGUGACAUUGCAAAUAACCAGUGGCUCCCAGGUUUGCCAGAUGAUGUAAAGAGGUGA